AUGCUCCAAGAAAGAUCCGAUAUUCUGAAAAACGAUAGACGUCUUCUGAAAGCAUGCAUCCUAUACGAAACGCUUCAAAAUAAGCCAAUUUUCGAAUCUUAUAUAAGUGUUUGCAAAGCAGUUGGACAUGAUGUUAUGGAGUACGGUGAUUUCGAGUACUGGUAUUUGAAAUUUUGCAAUAAUCAAAAUUUGGAUUUUGAGGAUGAGCCCAAAAGUGAGCAAAAGAAACUCGAGCAGCUUCCAGUGGAGAUUCAAGACAUGAUUGUCCAGAGAGUGGAUCCAAUUUACAGAAACUCGGUCCGCUCGAUGAACAGUACACUGAAGAGUCUAGCGGAGAAACACAGUUCCAGUUAUGAAAAAAUCGAUAUUUUCUUAUCAAUUGAUUCUUUGAAUAUCUCUUUGGACAACAAACGCUUCGAAUUUGUGAAAAAUCAAAACUCAUGCCUCGUUCAAAUAGACAACGGAGAGAAGGUAUUGGAGAAGGAAGACUUCUUGAAAUUAGGAAUGAGCAAUUUGAUUCGAAUUUUGAUUUCUUCAAAAAUCAACACUCUCAUCCUGAGAUUAUACUCCCAUGAGGACAAAUUAACAUCGAAUUUCAUCAAGAGACUGCCCAAUCAACUUGAAGUAAAAUCUUUCAAUAUCCUAAAACGUGGAAGCCAAAAUAUGCUGAAAAUGCUGAAAAUUAUGAAGCCUGAAACACUAAAAACGAUUCAGUUGGACUCGAGAGGAACACCAGAGGAACAUUUUAAUGAGUUAUUCGCAACUGAGCAAUUCAAAAAUGCGAAGAGAGUGAAUAUUCAAAGUUUUGGAAUGGUUCAGAGUUUUGAGGAACUCAGCGAGAAUUUCCAGCAUUUGAAACAGUUUAAUGUUGGUUUUGAAACUAUGGAAGUUGAGGAUAUUAUUAAAAUUCGAGAUUGGUUACCACUUUGUCCGAAUUUCAAAAAAUGCUGCAUUGAAAAGAAGAGGAACCGAGUAGCUGAGUUUGCUGAAGCCCUUGGGGCCCAAGUUCCAGAAGGACACCAAGGAAAUUUUAUUCAUAGACAUCAGAUAGCUAAUGGAUACUUGAAGUUCCAACUGGAGAGGGAUGGAGUCAAGAUUAAAAGGAAAUUGAAUAUUUGA